AUGGACAAAUACCAUCUCUCGAGACAUGUCCCUGAUGACGAUGAUCUCCCUCCACCAUACUCGCCUUCCGCCUCUGAUGACCUCGGUGCUAAGCCCGACCGCAAAGAGUAUGACUACAAAUCCCCUGCCAGGGAACUCGGCACCGACGGCCAGAUCCUCACCGAGAUCCUCGACAAUGUGAGGUCGCUGCUCUCGUCGGUCGAAAAGAUGUCCCCUCCGCCGAUUCUGCUCGAGUCCACCUUUGUGCCCGCCGCGGCGCUCGGACCUGAAUGGGCCCCCAGCGACCCGGGCGAGAAGUCGAGGCGGGAAGUCAAGAGGAUGUUCAGGAUCGGGGAGCAGAUAGAUUACAGCGACAAGAAAAAGAGCAGCUCGUCAUAUGGCAACGACUCCCGGGGUGAUUACACAUCGUAUUCCGACCGAUCGAGAGGCAAGGGCGCGGGAUUCGCAGACUGGGGGCGAUUCGACGAUGACCCCGCCGAUGAUGCGGGAGGCUCCGCGCUCUGGUGGUCGGACGAAUACAUGGCAGAGCGUCUCGCCAACGAGCUGCAGCCUCCAGUCGCGAACCCUGCCAAGACUGGCUCGAGCCGGCCGCCUCCGCCAAAGGCCAGCACUGGCAUGAUUCGUGCAUUUCUGCUGAGCUUCUCCGAUCCGUCGCGAGUUUGGCCGCCGCGGCAUCCACCCUCGGCCGGAUCGACCUCGCGGGCUGUUCCAAUAGAUGAAGGGAUCCCUAUAAUGACAGCGCGGGCUGAGGAGACUACGUUUCGACGAGAGAACGAGAUGGGACUCUGGGAGAGCAAGACAGGCUGGGCUAUAGUUGUGCGCAUACGGUCUCGAUUUUAG